GGAGCGUGGAAACGGAAGAAGAAGAGAGAAAGAGGGAGCUUGGAGAGAGUAAUGAUCGUGACGACGGUCGCGCGGACAAAUGAACACCUCGGCACAGCGUUUGGGAUAUUCCAAAGAUGUGAGGAAUGAUCACGUGGGUGAUGGUCGGGCUGCUGCUGGCUGCGGAAACUUGCGGCAGAAACGUCCUCUCCGGAAACGGAAACGGAAAGGAGGAGACGAAGCAGAAGGACGGUCUGAAGGGAGUCACCGGCGACGAGGAAGACAUUUACCGUCUAACGUGCUACACUUGCGUCAACGUCAGCGAUAACCAGAUGUGCAACGAAUGGGCGAUAGAUACACCGUGUCCGGCAGGAGGCCGGGACUUCUGCAGAUCGCUGCACAUUUUGGACAGCCGAGGAAAUAGCGUCUUGGUGAGCAAAAGCUGUGCCAGCAGCGCGGAAUGUGGUCCUUCCUCGGUCGGUUGUAUCCCGGUGGACACCCAGCAGAUCUGCAUCAGCUGUUGCGAUCUGAGCUACUGCAACAUCGAGUCGCCGACAAACGCGACGAACGCGAUCUUCUCGCGCAAACGUCGCGCCAAGUCGAAAUCGAAACGCAAACGACCCGGUAGAAACGGAGUGGAGGGCAGCCGAUUCUACGGGAGCGGAGCCUUUUGGCUCCUGGCCUCGCUCUUCUAUGCAUAUCAUUGCUGAGGAACCGACGACACCAGCAACAAAGAAGAAACUAGUUUAGAAACGAUCAACCGUGCGACAGGCAGCCCGGGAACUAUCUCCAUCAAACGCUCUCUCUCGGUGCAAAUUCGACGAGGUCCAAUUUGUUGGAACCACUCGUGCAAACUUUCGAAACCGUCUCUGACCCUGUUGAAAUCAAACGACGACCUUGUCGCCGUUUAUCCUAAUUCUCGUCUUCUCGUCUGGAUAGUUCUCCCCUUUUAAUCGUUACCUCUCAACGUGUAAACAUCGUUCCCGUUUCAAACGUUAGAAUCCUUCGUGUUACGUGAUUCGAACAUAUCUGCCGAGCGAUCCUCGCGAAUCGCGACUAGCAGCGAAUUAUUUUGCCAACCGAUCGCGUGUACUCUAGCUACGUAAGAUAACGUUGUUAAGCAAACCUAUCCAUCUUUACCUUUCGUUAAAAAAAAAAAAACGGAAACAAACGAUCGAAAGAAUAAAUAAAAAACAAGAGCGGAAUCUCGGAUCCUCCGGGAGAAUCCUGCGCUGUCUGAAAUAAACAUACGGAUUGUAGUCGACCGAGGACCCGGUUUCGAAGUCUCUCAGUGAUGGAAAAAAGGAAUUGUUCUCUUUCUCAUCUAGUAUCGUAGUUUGCUAUGCCUUGUUAGAACUCGGCUCGAGUUUAAAGAAGAUAAAUGGGAUUCGACGAUGGGUUUAACCACGGAGUGUUCGCGAGAUUUCUUGGUGCCAAAGAAAAGGAGAGCGAGAGGAGAAAACGCGAACACUUUCCGUGCUAACUAAUUUUAUAAGGAACCUUUCUCUUUGUCGCGAUCGAACCACGAACAAAACAAACGCAACAACCGCAAUAAGAACAGGAUUGUUUCUCGGUUUACAGACUUGCACUAUCGUUUCAGAGGGAUCACGAAAUGUCGAAGAAUACAUUUUGCGCGAGAAAACUAAAGCGUUUGCAGUGUUCCCUGCUGAUACGUUCAGAAUUUCAGUACCUGCCGGAGCAACGAUCGGUCGUUAUCCUCAAGGCACUUGUUAAGCGAACCCGCGAACUCCCCGUACGGCUCGCGAGCAUGCAUUUCGUUCGACAAAUAAAGUAACUUGACUUCCUUUUUUCGACCUUCCCGUUCCACGAUUUUCCCUACUUUCCGCGAGAGAUUCCGUUCGACUUCGUUUGCUCAACGAUCGAUCACCGGAAUAUAAGAAACGUCUCGAGUAAUCCUUAUUAGAUUCUUCGAUUAUUUGCUAUCAGAAGAACCUUUCUAAUUACCUGAUCGAUUCUUCGAAGACGUCACAUUUAGAAGGCUACGGGAAAUUUAUUACGUCUCGUACAUUUCAGCCGAGAACUUUAACCCGGGAUUCUUGGAUUAUUUCCGACGGAGAAAUCAUAAAUGCGAGAUAGAUACUUCGAAGACGCAAUUAGGAAAUCGUUAAAAAUUUAUUACGAACCGCAAAUUUUAUUUGAACGAUGGAACUCGGAUUUUCCAACCUCCGGCUAUCGAUCUGUGCACCUACCGUGCUCGUUAAAUGAUUUUAUUUCGGUUAAAAACUGAUUCGAUGCAACAAAUAUUCGACUUUUAUAUUCGCUUUUUAAACCGGUUGCUCGGAUACGAGUACAGUAAUUGCGUUAAAUGUUAAGUUAGAUUUAUAUUCGAGAUACAUGACUUUUUAUGCAAAUGUAAACUGGAGAAUCGCAGGUUCUUUAACCUUCUAGGUUAUAAAAGGAGAUCGCGACUCGAAAAAUGUAGGAAAACUCUGCACUGGAACAACCAACGUUGUAAAAGCUGCUUUUAAAUGCAAAGCAGAUUGAGAACAUAAAUACAUACAGGAUGGAGAACGAAUUAGAAUACGUAAUACUUAUUUAUCUUAACGAAAAUAGAACAAGGUUUCAUUUUUAUUAUUUCUGUCGUUUAAAACGAAUUGGUUGUUCUAGUGUUAAUCUUUUCCACUUUUAAUUGAUAAAAUAAUUAAUCACUUACUUUGAUAAGCUCCUGAUUGUGUUCACCGGUGUUCCUUCCACCUUUGGAGACUGUUCAACUUACAAAAUUACAAUUUUCCAAACACCGUACACCUAAUUCGACUGCUUUGGAAUAGCGUGUCGAGAAUUGGCGGGAAACGAGAUUGCAUUUGUUUGAUGCUUAUCGUUCGUAGAGAACGUUUAGCUCUCGUGUCGGAUACGGAAUGUCUCGAGAGAAAAAGUAGAAAGAAAAAGAAAUGAAAUUUACGAGUGUACGGUGUUUGGAGAAUAGAUAUGCAAAUGAUGAAUUAUGCGAGCGGGCCGCGCGCGGGAUUUGAAUUAUCGAUAAACUGGAAUUAAGUACGCGUACCUAAAAGCUGUUUACAUACCUACAGACUCGCCUACUACAGACUACUUAUUGCUAUUACGA